GUCCCUCGUGGUUGUCCAUUUCUGGGCACCAUGGGCUCCCCAGUGCGCCCAGAUGAACGAGGUCAUGGCAGCACUGGCCAAGGAGCACACACAGGUGACCUUUGUGAAGUUGGAAGCUGAAGCAGUGCCUGAAGUAUCUGAAAAAUAUGGAAUUACUUCUGUUCCAACGUUCUUGUUCUUUAAGAAUGCCCAGAAGGUGGACAGGUUGGAUGGUGCCCAUGCCCCAGAGCUGACCAAGAAGGUGCAGCGCCACUCGUCUGGCGCUUCCCUCCCUCCCGGCCCCGGCGAUGGCGCCAAGGAGGACCUGAAUGCACGGCUGAAAAAGCUCAUCAAUGCUGCUCCUAACAUGCUCUUCAUGAAAGGCUCCCCCAAAGAACCUCGCUGUGGUUUCAGCAGGCAGAUGGUGGAGAUCCUGAACAAACAUGGCAUUUCCUUUAGCAGCUUCGAUAUCUUUUCUGAUGAAGAAGUUCGUCAGGGGCUGAAAACUUACUCCAACUGGCCAACUUACCCUCAGCUGUAUGUGGAUGGGGAGCUCAUCGGGGGACUCGACAUUGUCAAGGAGCUUGAGGCAUCUGGAGAGCUGGACACCAUCUGUCCCAAGACCCAGAAGCUGGAGGACAGGCUUAAGGCCCUGAUAAACAAAGCUCCUGUGAUGCUGUUCAUGAAGGGAAGCAAACAGAUGGCGAAAUGUGGCUUCAGCAGGCAAAUCCUGGAGAUCCUGAACGACACUGGCAUCGAUUACGAGACGUUUGACAUCCUGGACGACGAAGAGGUGCGACAGGGGCUGAAAACCUUCUCCAACUGGCCCACAUACCCUCAGCUCUACGUGCAGGGGGAGCUGGUUGGAGGGGUGGACAUCGUCAAGGAGCUGAAGGAAAAUGGUGAAUUGCUGCCUGUGCUGAAGGGAGAGAACUGA